GGUACUAAAACCGUCAUCAACAGUCGACACAGAGCCGAGCAGGUCCACAACGCCAGGCAUGAAAAUAGAAGCGAAAGUUGCCCUGGGAUUAUAAUUUAGACGUCUAACUUUUAAUUUAGUUUGUUUAUCUGGAGGCUUGUAGGGUCGUGUGUGCCUGCUGGCUGAACAGCACCAUGUUUAUCUCCUCGCAGAGCUCAGCACCCUCCUUCAGAGAUUUUACCCUCGUCAUGCCUGCGGUGGCCGUAGGUAAUGUGGGUCAGCUGGCCGUGGAUCUCAUCGUGUCCACUCUGAACAUGAGUAGGGUGGGCCACAUACACACUGACUGUCUCAUCCCGAUGGCCGGGAACGACCCGUACGCCAGCAGCAAAGAAGAUGGCGAGGAGCUGCACACUCCUGCUGAAGUUUACGCAGCAGCAGAACUGAAGCUGGCGGUCCUUCAGAUCAGAGCACCAAUUCUUCAGUCAAAGACCAAAAAGUUUCGUCAGCUGCUCGUGUCCUGGAUCAAAUCCAGCGGCUUCUCCAGGACUGUCGUCCUCUCCAGCAGCCACGCCUACCAGAGAGAUGACCAGCAGCUGCAGGGCACUCCUUUGAGGUACCUGGUCACGCCGUCCCUGCUGAAGGGGAGCGCGGACGCUUUGAAGGAACUGGGCUGGAGGGAAAUGGAGCGAGUCCCGGCCUUCCCCGGACUCACAGAUGGAAACACGGAACCACGGCUCUGCAUCCCCGGAGGAGGCAUCACCAAAGGACUUUACACAGACAGUUGCAAAGAGGACCUCCCGCUGGCUGUGCUGCUCGUCUUCUGUUCAGAAGGCGACAACAUCCCCGAUGCCUUCGCUCUGGCGAACCACCUCAACGACUGGCUCCAUCUGCUGGACGAUAACAGCAAACAGCCCAACAAAUGGAAGAUCCCGACUUCCUGGAGUCUCCUGUUUGGAAACGGCAUCCCGCCUGCACUGUUCUGAUAUAAGUGUAUAGUGUUUUAGUUUUUUACCCUCUAUAAUUUGUGUUUAAUGCAAGACGUUUGCUCCACAUGUUGUCGUUUUCAGACCUCAGCAAACUCUCAACUGGGGCCAAACCCGGUGACUGAUGGCAGCGCUGACAUAUAUAGAAAGAUGGAAAUUGCCCACAUAAAUCUCCUCUAUCUUGGAAAUGUAUCUUAAAUAACUCAAACAUAACAAAAUAAAAUGUACAGGAUGUGACCCAAACAUUCACUUCUGGACUGCUAUUUCCUGGUUUAAAACAAAAAUGUUUUUCUAAUAAAAAGUUGUUACAGGAA